AUGUCGAGUAAACCGCCGUCGUGCUUGAUUAUCUUGACAGGGUUACCAAAGUCGAACAAGUCACUCGUCGCGAAAGACAUUCUGCGCCGUCUGCUCGACGCCGGUGAAGAAUGCGUCCUCGUGGACGAACCUUCGUUGAGUUUGAAACGAAAUAAGGCGUACAAAGAUGCUCGAAUGGAAAAAAUUACUCGUCAGACGUUGCAAUCGACGGUGGAAAGGUAUGUGAGACCAAACGGACCGCACGUCAUUUUAGACUCUAUGAAUUUAGUUAAAGGUUUUCGAUAUCAACUGUGGUGCAUAGCGCGAGAAAACGCGUGUCGUUGCGUGACUCUAUUCUGCGCUGACUCGCGAGAGGUUGCAACAUCUAGAAAUCAGAGCGCAGCAUUGAAGGAAGUGGAUGCAUCGGUUGAAGCGUAUGAAGAUUCCAUCUUUGAAGACUUGUGUAACAGGUAUGAGGUUCCCGAUACGCGGGAUCGGUGGCAUAAGCCAAUGUUUACGUUGAAAACGAAACCGAUAGCGUCAGAAGAUUUCUCGGGCGAGAUAUAUAAGGGGGAUUAUGUAAGCAAUAGCAACGAUGACGGCGCACAUGUAUUUGUUGAUGGUGAAAUGACGUAUGAUGCAAUCAUUCGAAUGGUUUCGGGAGAGGGAAGUUCCAAGGAUGAAACGACCGGAGAUGGUGACGGAGAGGCGAUGACGAGCCUGGAAGAGUCAUUCGCGAGAAACGCUGCUAUCGACGGUGCAUCGAGAAAGAGUUUGCGCCCAACAUUCGCAACGGCAACCACUCGGUUGAGUGAAACAAAUUUGAGAUACUCUUUGGACAAAGCUAUACAGCGCGUCAUAGAUUCAAUUGCCAAGCAAAAUUCUGCAAAUCCCCUAGGGGUUUCUGAACCGACGACAUAUACAUUUGAAGAUAUUCAUGGACAAGAUUGCAGCACGGGUCUUAAACCUAUCCGUUGUGUCAGACAACCUACCCUUAUCGAAUUGAGACGGUUUAAGAGAGACUUUUUGAAGAUAUCCUCGAGCUUAAAGACGAAGUCGUCGGAACAAAUUUCGCAGCUCUUCGCCGAAUGCGUUGCCCGAGACGUAAAAUAG